CCCAGGCUAUCGGGGACACAGAGCGGUAUCCUCUGCUAUUGGAGGCGGGGCCGAGAUGUCCCGGCCGGGGCGGUGAAGUAGAGAAAUGAGCGGUUUCCCGGCACAGUCUUCCUGGAUGCAUCGCGUUCGCGGGGUUCCGCUAAUCCUCCCGCCCGCUGGCCCACCUGCCGUGCCAUUCUUCCUCGAUCGUUCUAUUCCGAUCCGAUGGGACCCUGAGCGAACCGCGGGCGGCGGUCAGUUUGGUUCGAUAGUUUGGUUCGAUGGAACAGUGCUCGUCUCGUCCGACCGCCAUCUGCCGAACCUUCUGUCCAUCUGUCUGUCAAGUCACAUCGGGCCAAAACCAACGGCGGUACGGAUUUACGGACUUUCGGGUUUCUUGGCGCCCCCUCCCCGCCUUCUCGGGGCCAACGAUGUCGGGCGAUACCCCGCGGUUUGGUGACGACGGCGGAUCAAACAAACAGGCGGGUAAAUUGAGUUUUGAGGCAAUCGACUUCACUCCCCAGUUCCAACGAAUCCCUGGUGUUUGCUGUGUCGAUUCGGCCCCCAUUUUUUGGGCCCGAAAGCUAUGGACCAGCCACUGGCCGGAAAGCUUGCGUGCGCUGCGUGUCACACCCUCGUCUUUCAUGCGUUUCUCGUUUACGCCGAGGAGGGCCCGCACGUUAGAGAUGGUCGCUCGGGAGACUCACUCGGCAGCCCGACUGACGUCUGUGAAGAUGCUUCCGCGUGUACAAGGCGUCGCCGCUCGCCCUGCUGAGACGAUGGUGCACUCACUGCACGUCUCGGGCGGGCCAGGAAUGGCGAAGACGGACUAACAUGCAGCCCUCAAGUUGCCCAGUGCCAGGGGGCCCCUUUAGUCAAAGCGCUGCAACGCCGAGCAGCGCUGUCUUGGUUUCGGCACCACGCCAUGUUGAUGUUAC